UAGUUGCACGACGUGAAUGAAUGCUUGACACACUAACCUCGACUGUAUACAUGAACGGUAAUCGAUCUAGGCAAACUGUACGCUCGAAGUGCAGUCAAAGGAGAGCGUCUGAGGUGGUAGUGUGUGUUUUACGUACAUUAUAAAUAUCUAAAAUGGUUAUACGAGUUGGUGUAAUUGGGUGUGGAGCAGCCGGGUUGGCAGCGUUGCGCCACCUAGCGGCCAGACCAAGCACGUUCCAGGGUGUCGGGUUCGAAACCUCAACCGGUGUAGGCGGAACAUGGAGAUAUACGGAUAAAGUUGGCAUCGAUACAAACGGGUUGCCGGUUCAAACAAGCAUGUACAAAAAUCUCAGAACGAACAUACCAAAAGAGGUGAUGGGGUUUCCCGGAUAUCCGUUCCCUAGUGACCUGCCGUCAUUUCCGGAACAUAAAGAUGUAUUAAAGUACUUGAAGGACUAUUCAGAUCACUACGAUCUCGAGAAGUACAUCAAGUUUAGUACGAAAGUUGACAGUGUGGCGCCGCUUUCCUUCGACAAUAAAACAGCUUGGAAGGUGUCCUACUCUUCCGUUGGCUGUCCUUCACAAUCUGAGAAUUCGAUCUUUGACGCAAUCAUAGUCUGUAAUGGACAUUAUUCCGUUCCUCUUGUACCUACACUUGAAGGGAUGGAAGACUUUAAGGGAACCAUAGUUCACAGUCAUGAUUACCGGGUACCAGACCCUUUCAAAGAUAAGGUUGUCGUCUGCCUUGGAGGAGCGGCGUCCGGCCAGGAUAUUUGUCUCGAUAUUGCAACGCAAGCAAAACAGGUUACUAUAAGCCACAAUAAGCCCAGGAUUGAGUCAACAUUACCAUACAAUGUCGACCAAAAGCCAGGCAUCGCCAAACUUAAAGCCAAUUCUGUCGUCUUUAAAAAUGGCGAGGAACAACAAGCGGACAUCCUACUUUUAUGUACCGGGUACAGAUACAAUUUCCCUUUCCUCACGGAAGAAUGCGGUCUGAAAAUUGUAGAGGAACGAAUCACCCCACUUUAUAAGCAUAUCAUUCACUCGAAAUUCCAUACGUUGUCUUUUAUCGGCAUGUGCAAAAUUAUAUGUCCGUUUCCCCAGUUUGAUAAUCAAGUAAAAUUUGUUCUGUCAUCACUGGAUGGUACACAGAAAUUACCAAGCACUGAAGAGAUGGAACACGACAUCGAUUCUGAUUACAAAAACAGGCUGAGUGAAGGUCUUCCUCACAGAUACGCACAUUUUAUGGGACCACGUCAAUGGGCAUACAACGAUACUCUAGCCGAGUUAGCUGGUUUUGACCCGAUUCCAAAGGCAAUACAGAAUCUAUACGACGAAGUGCAUAGAACACGUGUCAAAGAUUUGCAAAAUUAUAAGCAAAAACAAUAUCGCAUCGUUGGAGAAUCCAAUUAUGAGAUUGUUCAAGCGUAAACGCUGAUGCCAUAACUACAUUUGUUACCGGUUUCAAAUCCUUAUCUCAUUACAGACAAAUCAUUACAAACAUAAACUUCUGAAGAUCUGCCAAAAAAAAUAAUUGAACUUUGACGUUUAUUUGUCGUUCGAUGACGUUAUUGUGACAAACUCUGUACUACCAAGAUUUCCAGUCACAAAGCUGGCGUCUCAACUGUCACCAUUAAGACGAAAUUCGAACUGUUUUUCACGGUAUUACCCAUUUCAUUGACUGAAAAAGAUUGGACAGAAAGGAAUGCCUUGUUGCAUACCUGUUUUAAAUGUUUACUAUUUUUGAUCUCACUGUGUUUAUAUAGAAUUUGAUCUGAACAUUGCAAAGGUUUCAGUUGCUAAGUGUUUUAGAUGUAAUAGAAGGAGACUAUGACACAAAAAUCCAAUUGCUUAAUGUUAUAUAUACUUUGAUUGAAAACCGUUGAGUUUUUCUCGUAAUUGUUUGUUUUUUCAUGUAUAUUACCACUGUGGUAUAAGGCACUAAUUUAACAUUGAUGCUGUUCUAGUAUUUUUGUUUUUAUGGUAGGCACCAUAUUAAUACUCAUAUCGACCACUUUUGUUUGAUAUUUCUUUAAUUGAAAAAUGUAAAAUGUUGAAAUCUACCAGUGAUCAUUAAAGUUGUAUACAUAUGUAUAUUAUAUAUAUUCAUACAUGCACAUAUUUCCACCAUGAAAACUUAGUUGAGAAAACGAAAUAAAAUCAUU